ACGACGCCGUCAAGGCCCGAGGCCUCGCCAGGACUGUGGGCACUGUGAGGACUCGGGGCCGAGAUUGAGGCGGCGUGUGUUGCGCGGACUUUGAUUCGGAAUCGAGCUCGAGAGAUCGCCCGACAUUUGCUGCACAAAUUUCGAAGAAAGUAUCGUGCAUUUUCAGGUCCGAGACGGAAUUUUAUAAGGCGCGAUUGCUAUGGCCAUCCUGAAUGCGGUCGUGGGCAUCAUCGAGCCGGCUUCGGUGGCAUUCCGGGGAGAGAGAAUAAUUACAGGAAAAUCUGCACCGACUCAACAUGAUGCGAUCACUUGUAGACUGGAUGCGAAGUGCGAUCGCGGAGCUGUCCUCGCGAGGAGUGAGAUCUUCGGAUGCGCGCCGUUAAGCUCGGUCUCUGUCCGAUCGCAGGGGUCGUCUCGUAGCGGGGCAUGUAGUUCUCAGCGUUCUCGGAAGCGCUCUGCUCUCUGUGCCAUAGCUGAUGGCUUAACGAAAGAUUUGGGCGAAAUAGACGAGAGCGCUAGAGUUUUCACGGAAAAGCGCCCAGCUGACGGGAGGGUGAAUUACAAUUGGGAGGAGCAGUGGUACCCGCUCUUCCUGACCCGCGAAGUCCCGAAAGAUGCUCCCCUCGGUCUCACCGUUUACGAUCGCAAUCUCGUCGUGUUUUACGAUGGAGAUGGGAAGAUCAACUGCCUGGAAGACCGCUGCCCUCACAGGGCGGCUAAGCUGUCGGAAGGGCAGCUUAUGGAUGGCAUGCUUGAGUGCUUGUAUCACGGCUGGCAGUUCCAAGGCGACGGAUCGUGCACCAAAAUUCCACAGUUGGCACCAGGAGCUAAGAUUCCGAGGCAAGCAUGUGCGCGUUCCUAUGCCUUAAAGGAUUCCCAAGGGGUCUUGUGGGUGUGGAUGGCAGACCACAGAACAGCUCCCUACGACAAGGUCCCGUACUUUGAUCACUACGAAGAGAAAAACUAUGUGGAUUUCGCAGCAAUCCACGAGCUCCCUUAUGACUACUCCGUGCUGGUGGAAAACGUCUUGGAUCCAGCGCACAUACAAAUCUCGCACGACGGAUUUGAUGGCAAAAGGGAGAAGGCGCAACCCAUGGUUUUCAAUGUCACCGAGCGGACGGACGAGGGAUUUGCCGGAACCUGGAACUGGAUCAGCACUCCCGAUGUGAUAAACUUCACACGCUUUCAAGCUCCCUGCGUUGCGUACAGCGAUGUGAAGAAGGUCUUCCCCGAUGGUGUGGAAAAUAGAUUCAGUGCGACCGCCCUAUGCAGGCCUGCGGGACAGGGGAAGUCCAUUCUGAUUAUCAGAUUCGGAAGCUCACGGGCUGACGGCAAGAAGAUGGUCGGUCUGUUCCCCAAUAUCCCCCUUUGGUGUUUGCACGUCAGAGCCAUGAUCAUACUCGAACAGGAUUUGGGCUUUCUGAGCUCCCAAAGUGAGUUGCUGGUUCGAGAACGCAAGCCUACGAAAGACAUUUACUUGAAUCUCAGGUCUCAGGACGUCUGGAUCGAAGAGUAUCGAAAGUGGCUCGACAAGGUCGGGCACGGCAUGCCUUACUACCAUGGCCAUCGAACAUUCUCCCCAGCAGCCGUCUCAGCAGUCGAAGAGGCCUCUCCUGCUGGUCUGAAUGCUAGCAUGUCGUCGACACAUCCGGCCAAGGGAGCAUUUGGGCACAAGUAUACACGAGAUCCGACCAAUAGGUACUUCCGCCACGUCAUCUAUUGCAAGCCUUGCAGAACGGCAUUGAGGAACUUCGAGAGAGGUCAGAAAGCAGCGGUGGUGGCUGCAGCGAUCUCUGCAGGCCUCGCCAUCCUAAUGUCCAAACCUGCUUACAGAGUUGCCUUCGUAGCUCUGGCUUUCCUCAUGGGCUCUGCGUAUUGGGCCUGCUCCCUCGGUGUGGCCUCGCUGACUGAGAACUGGUUCCGCAAACACAAAUCGACAUUGUAGUCAGUCGGAGCUCACUGGGCCCUAUGAUCUCUCCUUCUCCCCGUUUUAUAUUUCCAUACACAUCUUCCCGCUGCUUGGAUUUCGAGAGCACCCUCCAUUUCCUGUCUCCAACGUGGGAGGAAUUUGUUCCAGCCAACUGGAGCUGAAACAAUGCAAUUUCAAUCCUCAAGGUUGUGGAAGAAAUCUUCGAGAGCCUCCUUUCUUUAAUUAUUGUACAUAUUGUGCUGCUACGAGCUCUCCCACUGUGCCAUCGAUUGGGCGGAUGCUUCGUGAGUUCCUGCGCUGGCGGUACAUCAUAGACCCACAACUUGCCUCAAACAUCGUAGCGAAUAGCCAUUUCGAGUAGUACCGUCAUGUGCUGAUGUACACAAUUGUAGCAAAUGACAACUUAGUGGACCGUAGCUUCGGAUGUUAUCUCACUUGUAUAUUAUUGAUUUACGUGCUAAUUUGUUGGGUGAGCCAGACAGGCCUCGCCGCACUGCCAAAAGUCAUUGAGGGCCUUGUGUGGAUCUUCGAGGUGGACAUAUUGAAAGAUGAGCAGAACAAGAGAUGAACAGAGAGAGGUCUAUUUCAGUUCACUCUUUCGCAGUGAACUCGCUAAGUAAAUGAGGAGAUGGGAGCAAGUUCAUAUUCAGAGCUCCUGAUCCAAACUGUCACCAUUGACAGAAGGUCAAAUACGAUGUGGCAGACUGUAUACAGACGUCGAUGACGUUCUUGACGUGCCCAGUUUCCUGCUUACCAGAAAGAUCUUUAACAUAGACACACGAAGCAAAGCUUAUACUGAGGCUGGUGCUAGGGUGCUUCGACGUAUGCUUCUAUCUGGUGCAAGAAGCAUGCGUUUAAAUGUUGUAUAUUGCUGCAGACGAAGAGGCAAACGGACGGUGGCAAGGUCUUGUGUGUAAUUCCCCGCGUUGUGAUCUUCCUGAAUCCUGGAUCGCAUAAUUCAGGAGAGUCUACGUUGUACACUGAGAGACUUUUUAGCCAAGUGGCGUUACAAGCGGAGGCGUGUGUGGCAUUCCAUGGACGUCGUGUGCAUGUGAGUACGGAAGAAUCAUAAUUGGGGUAGAUUCGAAUCUUCAAGCAGGUAUUGAAAUCAUUGCCGACAACAUAGAACAAGGUCUCUAAAGUCUAGAGUUGGGACAACUUUAGUUGUCCCAACUCUAGGGCCUGAAGAAACCCAUAGAAGCGUUAAGUCUUUUAAUGUUCAACAGAGAAUUUUUCUGUGUGAACACCAGAUGAUGUUGUAAAGCUCAGAUAAUCUAUGUAUUUCCCUGACUAGAACACGAAUUUCCCUUCUUAGUUUAGACUUGCCGUGACAAUCUAAGGCUCGUCUGACUUUAUUAAAGCGAGGAGGGUGUACUAAUGCACAAUAUCAAGGGAACAAAUUGAUGUCAACAUAAAC